AUGGAUAUUACCCGUGACAGACUUUUUGUUUUCACGUUCGAACUACCAUUUGGAUGGAUGUUUAUUUUCUUUUUUAUGGAUUUUGUCCAGACAAUUGAUGAAACGUGUUCGUUACAAUGAAGGCAGCGUGCACGAUUUGAAGGUUAAGUCGCUCUAACGAAAGCGUUCUCUAUAUCCAUUGUUACGAUUAUUGUUGCUCAAAUUUCUGCUUAACGAUUCUUUUUGUAAACGGAACAGACCACCUCUGUUUGGUUUCCGCUGUGUCAUCAAAUAAAAAGGGGAAAAAUUUUUGCGGCACAACGGGUUCGAAAUUUGAAUUUAACGGUUGAAGAUGUAGAAGAAGAGGAAGAGGAAGAAGAAAAAAAUAAUAAUUAUAAAAGGAAACAAUAG